AUGGAAAGAGUGGGACCAGUUGCGCAUCGUUUAGCUUUGCCUGCGGAACUACAAAAAAUUCAUGAUGUUUUUCAUGUUUCAAUGCUUAGAAGAUAUCGAUCGGAUCCAUCUCAUGUUAUUUCAAUAGAAGAUGUUGAAAUUCAACCUGAUAUGUCAUACGAAGAAGAACUGGUUGAGAUUUUGGCACGUGAGAUGAAAGAAUUGCGUAAUAAGCGAGUUCCAUUAGUGAAAAUGUUGUGGCAUAGUCAUAAUGUUGAAGAAGCAACUUGGGAACCGGAAGAGGCUAUGAGAUCUCAGUACCCCUACCUCUUUUCAGGUAAAUUUUAA